AUUGUAGUGGGUAUAUCGACGAUAUGUAGGGCGGCGGACAUUGGUAUCUGGGCGGGCGGCAUCAAAACAGUGCGCGUACGCUGCCAAUUCGAUUUUUGAAAGUGUUUUUUUUUUCAGAGUGAAAAUGAGUGGUGAAGACCCGUAUAUUCUGAAGAGCGUGGAGUUCGAGGUGUAUGGACAGGUUCAAGGUUGCAAUUUCAUAAAAUAUUGUAAAGAUAUCGCUGAGGAUCUUGGCUUAGGAGGUUGGGUGAAGAACUCCAAGAAAGGCACCAUAGUGGGCAAGAUACAAGGACCGAAACAGACCCUGGAUCAGAUGAUUGACUGGCUCAGCACGACCGGCUCCCCUGGCUGCAAGAUAGAGAAGUGCGACCUCACUAACUGGCAGUAUCUGUCGCGGCUCGACUACCACGACUUUAGUAUACGCUUCUGAAAAUAUACUGUAAAUCUAU